AUGUCUUCCAAGCGCAUUCUGCUCGUUACCGGUGCCAAUACGGGCAUCGGAUACGAAACCGUCAAGGCCUUGCUUCAAUCCGAACGGCCGUACCACAUCAUUCUUGGAUCAAGGUCUGCAGACAAGGGCGAAGCUGCCAUCGCCCAACUCAAAACGGAAUUUCCAUCCACUGUCAGCUCCCUGGAGCUCAUUCAAGUCGACGUCGCCGAUGACGAUUCUAUUCUCAAGGCGUUCCAGACCGUCAAGGACAAGCAUGGGGUUCUCGAUGUCUUAGUAAACAACGCCGGCGCUUCUCAUGACUUUAACCCUCAAACCUACAACCCAGAUGAUAUCAAAACUCUCCGUCAAAACUUCAACAAAUCAUACGAUGUCAACACUUCCGGUACCCAUGUCAUCACUCACGUAUUCGUCCCACUUCUCCUCAAGUCCACCGAUCCCCGUGUUUUGUUCGUCACCAGCGGGCUUUCAGACCUCCAUGGCUUGGAGACGCUUGGUUUGUCCCCGCUUCAGCCUCAUAGCGUUCCGCCGGCCGGUUGGCCAAAACCAUACACUAUGCAGGCAGGGUACCGCUCGAGCAAAGCCGCGCUCAACAUGGUCAUGCUGAACUGGCAUUGGUUGCUCAAGGCCGACGGCGUGAAGGUGUGGUGUAUUUCCCCGGGUUUCUUGGCCACUGGCCUGGGAGGAAAUCCGGAGUUACUCAGGAAGAUGGGCGCGGGGGAACCAAGCGAAGGAGGAAACUUGAUCAAAAAGGUAGUAGAAGGCGAACGUGAUGCUGAUGUUGGUAAAGUUGUCAACAAGGGGGGAAUUCAGUCUUGGUGA